AUGGUGAGCAAAUUCCUGUCAGCCCUGUGGGGCCGGAGCAAGUCGAAGAACAUCUCCAAGGAGGACAAGGAGAACAACAAAAAGGAGGAGAAGAAGCCGAUGAGGGCCAGGCGGCCAGUAUCGGAAUACAUCCUGCCGACAAACUUUCGGGAUAGCGGCUGCCAUGAUAGCCCCGGCAGCUCGUGGGUAUCUUCAUCCUACGGAGGUGGUGCCAACACGUCUCACCCCCACCGUGUCUACUCUCUCUACGAGGCUCCGCCCCCUUCAUGCGACUCUGGCCACCACUCCCCCUCUGGCACCACCACAUCCUCAUCCCUUUCCACAACUAUAUCCACUACUGCAUCGUCUGAUCACCAGAAAUCUGCUGAUUAUCAUCAUCUACUCGGUCUGAACUCGUCGACCAGCCCGUCCACAUCGUUACUGUACUCCUCGCUGCCCUGUGCCCUCGACGAAGCGGCCGUGGAGGAGAUGAAGCACACAAUGUCGUACAGCUGGGAUAUACAGAUGGCCGGCUCGUUCCCGAUCUCAUCAACGCAUCCGGAUACCGUAUCCAGCCGCCUGGAGCGCUUCCGCCCCCAGCAAAACCCGAAAUCCGUGCAGUUGUCGGUGUCCUUGCUUGGAGUGGAAGAGAUCGAGCAGGUGCUGGGCAACGCCUUCCAAGCAGCCCUCGUCCGAGCCACAGAACGACGACGCGAGACACCUCUCGACGUCCCUCACAAACAGCCAAAACCCCAGCAGCACCACGCCACGCUGAGCACCGUCGCCUCGACGCCAGCACUGGUCGGUGUCUUUAGGGGAAUGCCACUGGAGCCGCGGCAACGCGUCUCCUCGACGGCCUUCCUGUCGCGGCUGCUCGGCAAGGGCAAGGAGGUCGUCUGCACACCGAUGCCCGACGCUGAGAAUAAGGCCAAGAGAAAACGCCGCCCGGUGAGCGCUGUAUUUUCCUCGGCCAUCCACCGCUUCUCCAGCUCGGCGAACGUCAAGGACUCUAAGCGGAUCUCAACCAUCGACCUCGGCAAGGGCCUGGCCGCCACCCCACUGUGCCGACCCAAACCCCAGGAGGACAUCAAGUCACCGCCGCUGGCUGAACCGGAAGAUACCUCAUCUACCGGAACCCAGACCACCAGCCGCACUUCCACACUAGCUGCCAAGGAACCGAGGAUUGUGUAUGAUGAGAAGCUUGGAGAACAAAUCUACCUCGUCGACGAGACGCUGGAGAAGCAGCUCGACACCGUCGGCUAUUUCUGCCGUCUCCCCUCCCGCGAGUCGUUGAUGACCAACCUCCUUGCCCACCCCGAGGGGGCGUUUGUCGUACGGUACUCGGAGAGUCGGAGAAGUCUGGCCCUCUCCGUGCGAGUGCCACUCUCUCAUAACCCGACCGGCGUCAGCCACUACCUGCUCGUCCGGAACGCCAAGGGCUUCCGGAUCAAGUUCCAGGCGGCUGAGAAGUUCUUCCCCUCAAUUCAGACGCUCGUCACGCAUCAUUCUGUUAUCCAGGAACAACUCCCCUGCCGCCUCGUCUUUGUCCAAUGGAAACCGAGUGACUGGAAGGACCAGCGGAAGGUCAGGGAGCGCGAGCCCAAGGAACUGAAACCUAUUGAUGAGGUGGACGAAGCCGCUAGCAGGAGAGGCAGCCGGAUAUUCCCCGCGGAGUGCGACGAGAAUCGAAAUACCUGCUUCUUUGAUGAGCCCCCGCCAAAGGCCAGCUACCUCCAGAUGAGCCGCGAUCACGAGCUGAUGUGGUCGACGCCGAAGCGGAGAUCCCGCCAAUUCGUCGACACGCGCCGACAUUCGCGCUUCAUCGAGCUGGAGCAGCAC